CACUUUUCAAACUAUAUAUGCAGAUGUUGCAACCACAUUCAAGUUAUUUGAGAAAAUACAUUUCAUCAAGAUAAUUACGUAGCAGAAAAAUUAGCUUUUGCAAUAAGACUGUAAAAUCUGAUAUUAAUCAACUAUUUAAUAAAGAAAAGAGAAAUAAAUACGAAAAGUUUUUUGUGUCACAAAUUCUUUAAAUUUUAUAAGAAUGGGAAAAAAGAAAAAAAAUAAGCAAGAUGGAGAGAAGGAUCCGGCCAAAGAUCGUCAAGGAAAUGCUCAAACAGCUGGACCUAGCGGACAAAGUCAGGGGCAAGCCCAGCCCGCAUCCUCUGGACAACAGCAAGGAAGACAGGGCGGACAGAAAGAGGCCCAAAAACAUCAAGGAUCUGGAGCCGGCAAAGGCCAACAACAACAACAAGAAAAAGCAUCGGUCCAGCACGGAGGAAAUAAAGGUCCACAGCAACAAGGAGAACUAAAGCAAUCACAGCAGAAACCAAAGCCACAGACAGGCGACCAAGGACAAAGUCAACAGCAGAGUUCUUGGGGAGGAAACCAAGGACAACAACAACCCGGCCAGUGGCCAGGACCAGGACCAGGUGGUCAGGGAGGGCAACAACAACGUGGUCCUCCAUCACAGGCUGUUGCACAAAGUCAACAGCAGAGUGCUUGGGGUGGGAAUCAAGGACAACAAUCCCGCGGCCCAGCGCAACAGGCCAGAGGACAGGGACAGCAACAAGGUUCUUGGGGAGGAAACCAAGGACAACAACAAGCCGGCCAGUGGCCAGGACCAGGUGGUCAGGGAGGGCAACAACAACGUGGUCCUCCAUCACAGGCUGUUGCACAAAGUCAACAGCAGAGUGCUUGGGGUGGGAAUCAAGGACAACAAUCCCGCGGCCCAGCGCAACAGACCAGAGGACAGGGACAGCAACAAGGUUCUUGGGGAGGAAACCAAGGACAACAACAAGCCGGCAAGCUGGCACAACCAGGUGGCCAGGGAGGGCAACAACAACGUGGUCCUCCAUCACAGGCCGUUGCACAAAAUCAACAACAGAGUUCUUGGGGUGGGAACCAAGGACAACAAUCCCGCGGCCCAGCGCAACAGGCCAGAGGACAGGGACAGCAACAAGGUUCUUUGGGAGGAAACCAAGGACAACAACAAGCCGGCCAGUGGGCACAAGGAGCUCAACAACGUGGGCCAGCACCACAAGCAAGCCAACAACAACAUCAGCAGCGUGGUGGUCCUGGCCAGCAGCGUGGUGGUCCUGGCCAGCAGCGUGGUGGACAGCAAUCUAUGGAAACAUCAUUCCAAAAAAUGUCUGUAUCAAAUGAACAAGUUCUUCCUUUGAAGCCGAAGUCUUGUUCGGGUAUUGUGCGCGGAACUUUGGGAACCCCAGGUAGCGUCGAAGUAAAUUACCUUAAAUUAGAUAUAAAUAAUAUGCCAAACGAAGCAUAUCACUACGACGUCACCAUCACGCCCGACCGACCAAAGAAGUUUUUGAGGCCUGCGUUUGACCAGUGCCAAAGAGAAAUGUUCGGAACUAUUGCAGCGGCUUACGAUGGCAUGAAGAGCUGCUAUACAAUUUCACGCCUGCCAACCCCCAUCGAACACACUGUACAGGUUGCAGACUCCGGCAAUCGUAUGAAAGAUUUCAAAGUUGAAAUAAAGGAAACUACUGAUCUUGUUGUGGACCUCAACUCUUUGCGAACUUAUCACAGAGAGAGUGUCUCCGAUAAGCCAAUGAGAGCCAUUCAGGUGUUAGAUGUCGUCUUGUCGGGCAACAACCAUGAACGCGGCAUUCGUGUGGGAAGAUCAUUUUUCCAUAAACCCGCAAAUCCGUUUGAUUUAGAGGGAGGGUACGAAGCUUGGACUGGUCUGUUUCAGGCUGCCAUUUUAGGUGAACAACCUUUUAUAAACGUCGACAUUGCUCAUAAGUCGUUCCCACGCAAAAGUAGCCUUAUAGAAUAUUUGCAAAAUCAAAAUAUCAGACCAGAUGAACCAUUGAACAACUAUUCAUAUAGGGAUGUGGAAAAAUUCCUCAAAGGCAUUGAUAUAGUAUAUGAACCACCAACAUCGUUUGGAAGUUUCCCAAGGAGAUAUAGAGUGUUAGGUAUUGGAGAUCCAGCUUCAAAACUUCGGUUUAGAAAUGAUGAGGGGCUAGAACUAACUGUCGCCGCAUAUUUUCAAUCUCGCGGUUAUCAGUUGCGUUUUCCAAACUUGAACUGCGUAAAGGUUGGCUCGACAGUACGAUCAAUUGCUCUGCCUAUGGAAUUGUGCCACAUUUCGGAAGGUCAAGCCUUAAACCGCAAAGAUGACGCGAAGCAGGUUCAAAAAAUGAUUCGAUUUGCUGCAACGUCUACCAACGUGCGCAAGGAAAAAAUAAUGAACAUUCUCCAAUAUUUCAAACAUAACGAUAGUCCAAUUAUACGAGCCUUUGGCAUUCAAAUUGGUUCGAAUUUUAUUAAGGUGCCAAUGCGUAACUUACCAUCACCUUACAUGGAAUAUUUGGGUGGUCAAACUGUAACCACAUUCAAAGGCGCAUGGCGCAUGGAUGGAAAGAAGUUUUUGGCUUGUUCAAAACCCCAAGGUGGUGGCCACAAAUGGUGUAUAAUGUAUGAGAAAAAUCCAGGUUCUCGCUUAAACUAUAAUGAACUCAAUAAUUUCAAAAAUAAUGUUUUGAGAGAGUCGGAGAAAUUAAACAUGAAUUUAGAAAAAAGCGCUGAAAUCAUUGAAUACAACUCUCGCGAUAUCGCCAGCACACUCCAAGACCUUGCUAAGCAAAAGUAUGCCUUGGUAUUUGUGGUUCUGGGCAAAUUCGCAUCCUAUGCCACUGUUAAGCAGAGUGCCGAAUUAAGGGUAGGCAUUCUCACACAAUGCAUCAAAGAACAAACUGUGGGCAGAACAGCCAGAGACCAGACCGUCUUCUCCAAUAUACUUUUGAAGGUUAAUGGAAAACUUAAUGGAACAAAUCAUAAGAUCUCUGCUGAUGCGAUGAUGGCUCCUAUUAAGAAGGUUAUGUACUUGGGGGCAGACGUCACACAUCCUUCACCAGAUCAGCGCGAAAUUCCCAGUGUCGUUGGCGUUGCGGCCUCACACGAUCUUUUUGGAGCUUGUUACAACAUGCAAUACCGCCUGCAGAGCUCCAAAAGAGAAGACAUAGAAGAUAUGGAGUCCAUUGUGCUCACACAUUUGCAAGUAUUUGCAAAAUACCAAAAGGGUUAUCCCGAACAAAUUAUCUACUACAGAGAUGGCGUCUCGGAUGGUCAAUUUCCUAUAAUUAGAAAUGUGGAAUUGACUGCCAUUAAAAGAGCUUGCGCAAAAUUGAAAUGUCAACCAAAGUUGACAUGCGUCAUAGUGGUUAAGAGGCAUCACACUCGAUUUUUCCCCAUGAAACAACCAAGAGAUGCUAGAGAUUUUAACAAUGUGGAUCCAGGCACUGUGGUCGAUCAGCACAUAACGCAUCCCAAUGAAGUUCAGUUCUUUAUGGUUAGCCAUCAAUCCAUUCAGGGGACAGCAAAACCUACGCGUUACAACGUGAUAAUGGACGAAUCAAAGUUUAACAUUGACGUUUUACAGAAACUUACAUACAAUUUAUGUCAUCUAUUUCCACGAUGCAACAGAGUCGUGUCCUAUCCAGCUCCUGCUUAUUUGGCCCAUCUUGUCGCAUUCCGUGGACGCGUUUAUUUGGAGGGAGCCCGAGGCUAUUCCAAGGAUUUAAAGGUCGAAUACGAGAGACGUCUUAUCAAGCCCAACUUCAUGGAAACCAAUCCAAUGUAUUUCAUAUAAAUAUAUAUAUUUAAAAUUAAUAUGUAUACUAUCCAUAUAAUCUCCGUCAUCUUUACAAAAAAUCAAUUAAUGCGAAAAAAAAUUUAGUUUAUACUAAUCCGAAA